GGGGCGCAGAUGUGCGCAAAACUUUGACAGAAACUUUUCUCUGCUCGUCCUUGGAGCGCAGAAUGUCAGGGGGACUUUUUACCCACGACCACCAGUCUGUAAAGUCGGCGGGACCGUUCCUGAAAUCAUGCUGAGUGUCCUGGCAAGAGCGGCGUCCAGGGUGGGCGUAGGGGUGCCCUCUCACCUGGUGAGGCCGGUGGUGGGACUUCAGCUGUCCAUUCGCUCCAUUGCACAUCAGGAGGGUCUGCCCAAACUCCCUGUCCCGCCACUUAAACAGACGUGUGAGCGCUACCUGGCCAUGCUGGAGCCGCUGGUCACUGAGGAGGAGCUGGAACACACGCGUGCUCUUGUGGCCGAAUUCCUCCGGUGCGGUGGGGUGGGAGAGAGGCUGCAGAGGGGACUGGAGAGGAGAGCCCGCAAAACUGAGAACUGGCUCUCUGAGUGGUGGAUGCAGUCGGCCUACCUGGACUCCCGUAUGCCAGUUGCUGUGUACACUAGCCCUGGGGUGGUCUUACCCCCAAUGCACUUUCAAGACCGCCAGGGACAAAUGAGGUUUGCUGCCAAAUUGAUCGCUGGGGUUUUGGACUUCAAACAAAUGAUUGACAAUGAAACACUGCCUCUUGAGUACCUUGGAGGAAAGCCUUUAUGUAUGGACCAGUAUUAUCAGGUGCUGACAUCAUGUCGAAUACCAGGACCCAAGAAAGACACUGUGGUGAACUACGGCACUGGAAAAAUGCCUUCGACACACAUCACUGUGGUUCAUAACUUUCAGUUUUUUGUCCUGGAUGUAUACAACAGUGAUGGCACCCCACUGACGGUGGACCAGAUCUAUGUGCAGCUGGAGAAGAUCUGGAACUCUUCCUUACAGACCAAUAAAGAGCCCAUCGGCAUCCUCACUUCCAACCACCGCAACACUUGGGGCAAGGCCUACAACAACCUUAUCAAAGACAAGACGAAUAAAGAGUCGGUGCGGGCCAUCCAGAAGAGCAUCUUCUUAGUGUGUCUGGAUGCCCCAAUGCCACGAGUGUCAGAGGACAUUUACUACAGCAAAGUAGCUGCCCAGAUGCUGCAUGGUGGAGGAAGCCGCUGGAACAGUGGAAACCGCUGGUUUGAUAAAACGCUGCAGUUUAUAGUGGGGGAGGACGGAUCGUGUGGACUGACCUAUGAGCACGCCCCAGCAGAGGGACCUCCCAUCGUGUACCUAGUGGACCAUGUGGUGGAGUAUAUGAAGAGAACAGAGAUGAUACGAGCUCCCAUGAUCCCACUGUCCAUGCCUCUGAAACUGCGCUUCAACAUAACACCUGAAAUCAAGAAGGACAUCGAGAAAGCCAAGCAAAACAUGAACAUAAUGGUUCAUGACCUGGAUGUUCGAGUGCUCAACUUCUCUCACUAUGGGAGGAAAUACCUGAAGUCGUAUAAAACCAGUCCAGACGCCUUCAUCCAAAUGGCUCUGCAGCUGGCCUACUACAGGAUGUACCAGAUGUGCUGCCCAACAUAUGAGAGCGCUUCCCUACGCAUGUUUAAGCUGGGCAGAACAGAGGCCAUCCGCACAACCUCCACAGAGUCGGUGAAAUUUGUACAAGCUAUGGACGACCAGUCCAAACAGAACUCUGAGAAGCUGGCACUGUUGGAGAACGCCAUCAAAGCCCAUCGAACUUACACACACACGGCCAUCCAUGGGCAGGCUAUAGACAGGCAUCUGCUGGGCCUGAAGAUGCAGGGCAUUGAGGAUCUUACUUCUCUCCCUGAAAUCUUCAUGGAUACCUCCUAUGCUGUGGCCAUGCAUUUCAACCUCUUCACCAGCCAGGUUGGAUCGAAGACAGAUUGUGUUAUGUGUAUUGGGCCCAUGGUCCCAGACGGUUAUGGGGUCUGUUACAACCCAAUGGACGACCACAUCAAUUUCGCCGUGACGGCCUUCAACAGCUGUGAGGACACCAAUGCCACCAAACUAGCUCGGUCCCUUCAGGAUGCAUUGCUUGACAUGAAGGCUCUUCUGGAACAGACGGCCAAGCCUGCCGAGUGAGGCUUUGUACUGGUGAAAGGAACAGGCCAACAAGACCUGAGUAAAAGGCUCCCAGGCUGGAUAAGAAGGCAAAGGAUGCCUGACAGUGAUAUUUACUGUACCUGCAUGGUGCCGUCUGGCACAAUGUGAACGCACAACAACAACUCUCCCUUAUUUCUUUGAGCAACUUGCCACUAUUGAAAUGUUUGUCCCACAACAUUUUCAGUUUGCAUCAUUAGAGUUGGUGGAAAAAUCACCACCAUAACACUACAAAACGAUUUAAGAUGCUCCUUCAAUACUUUUUUGUUGGUUGUUUGGUUACUUAACGUUUCUGUUUACUUUGUUUGCUGUUUUGAAGGUUUGCUGUAGACGUACGCAAAGUCUUUUGAUUCCAUAUCACUGUUUUUCUCUGCCUAUUAUUUAAUCUUCUUAAAAGGACUGCUGUAUAUCUAUUACUACAUAUUUAUUGUGAUAAAUAUACAUUUGAACACAGUACACAUAAGCUUUAAGGUCUGCAAACUUGUUUUUACAAGGUGUGAAAGAAAAGAAAGAUAUAAACCUCUAGUUUCCACAUAAAUGCAAAGAAAAUGUGUAAUAAAAACAUAUUUCUUUUUUUCUUUUGGGUCUACAUUUUACAGGAAGAUAGUAGUGAAUAAACGUGAUCGUACAUCUAUAGUAUAAUCA